AUGCGCUUCCAGGGCCGAAGACACAUAGUUCACAUGAAGGUCAAGAAGAACUUGCUGCCCCGAGAUUUCCCUGUCAUUACCAACAAUGACCAAGGUGCCAUGCAGGAGGAUUACCCCUUUGUCCCCAGAGACUGUUACUACUUCAGCUACCUGGAAGGUGUUCCUGGGUCCAUGGCCACACUGGACACCUGCCACGGGGGUCUGCGUGGCAUGCUGCAGGUAGAUGACUUCACUUAUGAAAUCAAACCACUGGAGGCUUCUUCCAAAUUCGAGCAUGUGAUUUCUCUGCUUGUGUUAGAAGAAAAAUCAACAGAGGUUGAAAAGUGUGUGAUUGAAGAGGAAAAUGAAAAUCUAGCUUUUGAAGAGGAGAAACUUACUGAAACUUCUAGAGCAGGCCCUGUGUAUCUGUGGGUGGGACAUAGGAAACAAUUAAAACUUCACUACACAGUUUCUAACUCAUUAUACCGCCAGAACACUAAUAUGACACACAUAGUAGAAAAUGUUGUACUUAUAAACAACAUAAUGGAUUCCAUUUAUGGAUUUAUACAUCUGAAUGUCUUUAUACGUGUGUUGUGCAUAUGGAAUGACUCUGAUAAAGUAGCCUUAAGUGGAGGUGGCGCUGGUGAUAUAGUCAAUGUAUUCGGUUUAUGGAAGCUGCAUACAUGGUGGGGCCAAAUUAGUCAUGAUACUUCAUUGCUUCUUACUGGACAUCAACUGGGAAAUUCUAGAUAUUUUGCCUUCACAGAUGGAGUAUGUAAUCCCAACUGGGGAGCUACAUAUGCAUUUGUAAAGAGUUAUCACCUAUUUCUGGCUGCAACUAUUUCAGCACAUACAAUAGCUCAUAACUUUGGUGUUUCACACGAUGGAGCAGGUUGUUACUGUUUUCGAAGAACCAGCUGUGUCAUGGCUUCUGCGCCUGGUCUUAUGGAUAUGUGGAGCAAUUGUUCUUAUGCAAGAUUCCAUGAUAAGUUUAUGAGUUGGGAUCCUUGCUUGAGUGCUCGAAAUACUCCAUACAAUAAUUUUCCUUAUGUAGCUCCUCGUUGUGGAGACAAGAUUGUAAAUCAGAAAGAAGAAUGUGACUGUGGCUCCUUUAAAGAAUGCACUAAAGAUAAGUGUUGUGGGACCAAUUGUGCCCUGACCCUUGGCAGUUUAUGUGAUGCAGGUGGUUGCUGCAGUAACUGUAUAUAUGCUCCUCCUGGAUAUGUUUGCAGAGACAUACGUGGCAUUUGUGAUCUACCAGAAUACUGUGAUGGGAAAACGCAUGAGUGCCCAAGAGACGCUUAUAUCCAGGAUGGAACCCCUUGUUCACCAUUAGCUGUUUGUGUGAGAGGAAACUGUAGUGACCGUGAUAUGCAAUGUCAAGCCCUUUUUGGAUAUGGGAUAAAAGAUGCUUCACCAGCUUGCUAUAACCAACUGAACAUAAUAGGUGACCGAUUUGGAAACUGUGGGGUGAAGGUGAUAAAAGGGGGAGGAAAGCCUGUGAAAUGUGAAGCAGACGAUGUUUUUUGUGGAAUGCUGCACUGUCGUGGUGUCACCGAGGUCCCUGGUGGAGGUGAGCACUCUACAUUUCGUCAGUUAAUAGUUCAUGAUAUUAAAGACGAAAGAUGCUCUGGAUAUGAUGCUCAUUUUGGGACAGAGAAGCCAUACAUGGGGCUUGUAGUGGAUGGUGCCACGUGUGGCCCAGGAAGAUACUGUCUUAACCAGAACUGUACCUAUUAUCAAGACCUGCAUUUCACCUGUAAUGUAUCAACAUGCAACUACAAAGGAGUGUGCAACAACAACGAUAACUGUCACUGUCUGCAUGGUUGGAGACCACCAUAUUGUGAUGGGAAAGGAGCAGGUGGUAGUGUAGACAGUGGCCCUCCACCUGACAGAGAACCAGGUCUUCGAGCCAGAGUACUUGCUAAUGUAAACAAGAUGCUACUUACAAUAUUCAGUCGUUUAAUACUUUUUCUGUUUUCGUUUAUCGUUGGUGGCUUUGCACGUGUAAAACAAGUUGUACAAAAGAAAAUUGAGGUAAAAACAGAGGAAUCAAAGUAA